CGCGGAGUGACGCGGAGUAACUAGCGGCGGGGCGGAGAGUGCGGCCGGUAACGCUCUUCGUCGUCGAGCAGUGUCGUUGCAGAGCGCCUCGGCGUCCGUGCGUGUUCGUGGCAGUGCGUGAAGAGAUUGAGCCCGUAGUGUAAUCGUGUAGCCAAGCGUCCGCACUGACGUUGGGAUGCUCUCAGCGCUACUCCCUUCUGUUUGGUGUCCUUCGCAUCACUGUUCCUUCCGCCGCACGCCCUCCUGUGUCUGGUAGCGAGAUAGAUAGUGCAUCUGAUGUUGCUUGUGGAUGUGGACUAACCCAGAAUGCGAGCGGGGAGCCCGCGCCGCCCGCACACGAUCGAGCGUCGCCCCGCGCGUGCCCUGACGCGGCUGAGCGCCUCCCCGCUGUAAGCCGGGCGGCGGGAACGCGAGGGUUGACCAGGGGAAGCAGGGCCAAGAGCUGCCCCUCCCGAGUGCGUGAGUAUCGGGGAGGAGAUUCGCAUUCGAGCGUCGCGGCCACGUUAGCGUGUGGCCUUGUGACCGCCUGCGGCCCGCCGCUGGCUCUGGUACCGCCGCUGCUGUGCCGCCACCUGCGGAAGGCGGCGGCUCCGGCGCUCGGGCCCCCUCGGGGUGGCGACCCUCGGCUGUUGAGUUUGACCGUGCUGAUGUAGUGUUGAAAAAAUGCAGAAGUGGAUUAUGAAGAACCUCGGCGGUGGCGGGGACGGCGGAGGCGGGGGAGGGCGCAAUCCCCCGCCCGUGGGGGUGAGCAACUCGGGCAAGGGGCGCGCGUCCCUACGGGACACGCAGGCGGCGCUCUCGUCGGCCCUCGAGACCAUCGCCAUGAAGGACAAUAUCAUCCAGCGGCUGGAGGAGGAGGUGCAGGCCAAGGAGGCCAAAAUCGCGGCGCUGACCACCAAACUGGACAAGCUCAAGUCGGUGCUCCCGCCGCCCGCCACGGCGCGCGCGGGCGGCCAGCGCCGCUCGCUCUGGGCCUCCGACGCCUACCGCAACAACAACAGCGAGCACCACAACCGCAACAGCCUGCAAAAUGACCGCACCAUGAUGACCGCGCCCGUGCUGCGGCGCGGCCUGGGCGUGGAGGGCGUGAGCGAGGGCGCCGAGGCUAGAGUCAAGAGGACGGCCAUCUCGGCCGAGCCCGCCAACGACGACAUCGAGGACUUCUACGACCCCGACUACGCGCCCGUGGCCGUGCCCAAGUCGCCCGAAUCGAAGGAACUGCUCCGCCAGGCGAUCCUCGACAAUGACUUCCUCAAGAACCUGGAGAUGGCGCAGGUCAAGGAGAUCGUCGAGUGCAUGUACAGCGUGGAGUACGCGGCGGGCUCCCUCAUCAUCAAGGAAGGGGACAUCGGCUCCAUGCUCUACAUCAUGGAAGGUCAGGGCUCGGCUGCGCUUUGGUGCUGUCAGUCAGAGUUUGUAGAUUUUUGGGUUGGUUGA